AUGAUUAAGCGGCAAAGAGAGAGAUUUAGUGAUGUGGUUGGUAGCCCAUAUUACGUUGCACCAGAAGUCUUACGCAAGUGGUAUGAUCCAGAAGCAGAUGUUUGGAGUGCUGGAGUGAUUCUUUACAUUCUGUUAAGUGGAGUGCCUCCAUUUUGGGCUGAGAGCGAGCAAGGGAUAUUUGAAGAAGUAUUACAUGGUGACCUAGACUUUUCAACAGACCCAUGGCCUAGUAUUUCUGAAGGUGCCAAAGAUUUAGUAAGGAAAAUGCUUAUUCGAGAUCCCGAAAGGCGGAAAUCUGCACAUGAUGUUUUGUGCCAUCCCUGGGUUCAAGUUGGUGGUGUGGCUCCUGACAAGCCUCUCGAUUCUGCAAUAUUAAGUCGAUUGAAGCAAUUCUCUGCAAUGAACAAGCUCAAGAAAAUGGCUAUUAGAGUAAUAAUUGCAGAGAGCUUAUCUGAAGAAGAAAUUGCUGGCCUAAAAGAAAUGUUCAAAAUGAUAGACACUGACAGUAGUGGUCAAAUCACUUUUGAAGAACUUAAGGCUGGUUUGAAAAGAUUUGGAGCUAAUCUUAAGGAAUCUGAAAUUUAUGAUUUAAUGCAAGCAGCAGAUGUAGAUAACAGUGGAACAAUUGAUUAUGGAGAGUUUGUAGCAGCCACUUUGCAUUUAAACAAAAUUGAGAGAGAAGAUCAUUUGUUCGCGGCAUUUUCCUACUUCGAUAAAGAUGGAAGUGGCUACAUUACUCAAGACGAGCUUCAACAUGCUUGCGAGGAGUUUGGUGUAGAGGACGUCCGGAUAGAAGAAAUGAUGCAAGAAGUUGAUCAGGAUAAUGUGAAUGGGCGCAUAGAUUAUAAUGAGUUCGUGGAAAUGAUGCAGAAAGGAACUAUUGGUGGCCCUGCUAAGAAAGGCCUACAAAAUUCCUUCAGCAUUGCUUUUAGAGAGGGUCGUAAACUUUAGUGUCGUAAUUGGCAACAAGGUUCUUAUUUCUUUCAUCCUUCGAAUUUUUUUUUAUAUUUUUUAACAAGAUUUUCUUGAGAGAUCAAGAUUGUACAGUAAGAAGAAGCGUAAAUGCUGGCCUAAGGUAUAGCCAGGGCUCAGUUAUAUAUGCUUUUCUUUGAAUUCAUGGAGAUCUCUGUUAGUGUUUGCAAUGACCUUUGCAGCCAUACCAUAGUUUCUAC